CCUGAGUGUGACGACACGCAGGCCCUGCUCUCUGAUUGGUGGAGGGCUGAUCAGACGUCAUCAGGUGAACAUGAAGGCAGAAGUAAAGAUGUAAAUAUAAACAAACAUGUAACAGGAAGGUCAGUUGAUCAAUAACAACAACUUUAUCUUCAAUACUGACUAUAUUUCAUUCUGAUCUGAAGUGGACCAGAACCAGCAGCUGUGACGGACCAGAACCAGCACUAACAUCCAGAUGUUGAACUGAAACUGUGUCUGUCCUCUGCUGAACUUUCACCUCCGUCUGAACUGUGAAACAGGCUCCUCCCCCUCAGCCUCGCUCACUCCUCAGAUUCAAAAUGGCCGCCGGCAGUUGAACCUGCGUCGUGAACAGAACUUGACGAGUCGCACGAGCAGAUGUUCCCACGAUGUCCCACACUGAGUCCACCAAUGCCUUCUUCUACUGCAGCGGACCCGGCACAGCAGAUUCUUUUUCUUCUUCUUCUUCUGAUCUCUCCGUGGCCCAACCUUGUGAUGACAUCAUCACCAUUUCCUGUGGCCCUCUGGAGCCAUGGCGACAGAGUCCCUGCCCACAUCUGCCAGCAUCAGACGGCAGACAGACGACUGACGGUUCGCUGCAGCGGACUGAGACUGACACAGGUUCCUGCCGGCCUCCCUCACCACACUGUGAGUCUGCUGCUGGAUAAAAACCUGCUCGUGUCCCUGCCGGCCGACUCGUUCUCCAAUCUGUUCCUGCUCGAUGAGCUCAACCUGUCGCACAAUCAGCUCUCCUCUCUGGAAGCAGAUUGUUUCAGAGGUUUGGUGUCCUCACUUCGCUUCCUGGACCUGUCGUCCAAUCAGCUAUCAACGUUGGACCCGGCGGCGCUCGGUGGGCUGCGAGCUCACACCAACCUGACAAACAACCCCUGGCACUGUGACUGCAGGAUGCAGCUGUUGGCGCCUCAGUUGAAUCUCGACCCGUCGUCUCUGGCUGAAGUCGUCUGUCAGACCUCCGACCUCCCGAGCCUCGGAGCGGUGGGGAUGCCGCUGGUCCUGCUGGUGGAGGACUGGGAUCUGUGUCUGUCUGUGCGGAGAACCACUGAUGUCACCAUGCUGGUCACCAUCCUCCUCUGGUUCUUCAUCCUCAUCUGCUACCUGAUCUACUACAUCCGCCAGAACCGCGAGGACGCCCGAAAAUACUUGGACUACUUCAAAACUCAAAAUCGCCAGGUGUAGAGGACGGCGCACCACCUGAGAGUAUAAUAACUGCUGGAAUAACUGCUGUUAGUGACCUGACCAUGUCUCCUCAAGGCCUGUUGAGACCUUCACUGGACCAGUAGACCUUCACUAGAACUCUAGAACUUCACAGGACCUCUAUCCUUCCUCAGGGACUCCUGAAACCUCCUUGAAGACAAAUUUAAAUGUAAUUUUUCUUUCGGUUUAAUUUUUUCUCUUAGUAAACUUUUAUUAAGUCUUUUUUUCAAUCCCUUAACGUCCUUCUUGUGUUUUUUCUGUACAGUUAUUCGUGACUGACUUCCUGUGAGACUCUGGCGCCCUCAUGUGGCUGUCAGGGUGUGUGUGCGUGUGUGCGUGUGUGUUUUUCUAUGAAUUAAUCAAGACUUUGAAUUUCCUUCAAUUAAAUAAAUGUGUUUAAGUUUA